UGUGUCUCCUCUCAGAUCGCCCUGCUCGUGGCCUUCCUCUGCGUCCACUGUGCUCGCGGUUGGCCCAGCUGGGCGGCGUUCCAAUACUUCGAGGUGGUGACGCUGUGGUUCCUCAUCGCCUUCCUCAUCUUCUUCCUCAUGCACCUGUUCAGGCUGCAGGCGAAGAUGCCGUGCAUCAACUGGCCGCUGACGGAGUUCUUUCAUUACUCCGUUGGGACCGUCCUCAUCGUCAUCGCCUCCAUCGUCGCUGCUGUGAAGAGCGGAGGAGUUUCAGCGCUGGUGGCCGGAUCGGUGUUUGGCUUCAUAGCGACGUUCCUGAUGGCCGUUAGUUUGUGGACGUCUUACAGUGUGACCUGCGGCUCCCAUCAGACCGGUGCAGCAGUGUAAGAAGUGAUCCUUCGUGAAGGAGCCAGUUGUGCUGUGACGGCAGUUUGCUGUGUCCUGGUUUCUGCCUAGCAACCACCUGGAUAAUCAACCUGAUUGGAUUAUAACUCACUCUACAGAGGUAAUGGAACAGCUGAUCCAGGACCAGCUGUUGCUUUACAGUAAACAUUUACUUUCCCUCUCAGACUUCUAAAGUCCCAUUUAAACCAUCAAUGUAUCAACAGAUGAUGUUUUUAAUUUUCCUGCUUAUCAAGUAUUUAGAGAAGCUUUUUUAGACAAGUUGAAGCAGCGUGAGCUCUAAAAGAACAACGCCCUGUUCCUGUUGUGUGCCAUAAAAAAACAAAAAAAAAUCAAGAAGAUUUUCCCGCCAAAAUCAGCCGCAGUCGCGAGUCGCCUCUUCUUCGCUGGUUUACAGUUACUAGCUUGAUUUGCUCGAUUCCUGAUCAAAUAUUUCAUCCAUUCCAACUUUUUUUAUUCUACUUUUUAAAUUCAGAAAGCUAAAAGCAGUCUGGACCACGGACACUUUAAUCUCUUUUUUAAUAAAAUCCCUUUUCUUAAAUGCCCACCAAUGACAAGAUGCACAGUAAAGCCCUGUUAGCCUGCUAUGCUAAAUUCUGCUAGCGCACAAAAAAUAUUCUUGUCAUUAUUCUAGUGUGCUAACAAACAUUACCAAGCUAAUGUUUUUACAGGAGAUAGCUUGCAUGCUAAUGACAUAACUCAGGGGCUAAUGUGUGCUAAACAAAUAUAAAACCAGUAGCAUGCUAACGGAUUCUGUGAAUUGAAACAAAAGUCAACAUUAGCAUGCUAACAAUGCAAACAAACACAAAAAUCAAGGAAAAAUGCAACAUUUGUCUGUAAUUAAAAGAUAAGUGUGGUCGUACUAUAUAUUUGUCCUAUUUGUCAACAAAUGUGCAGAACCAAGCCAACAAUUAAUUAAUCUGCUAACAGGUUUAUACCAAAAUACCCACUAAAUAGAGCACUAAAUAUGGAUUAAUCCGCUGCUGAAAAUAGUCCCCAAUAAAAAAUGUGCUAUUUCUUCCUGUUUGUCUGAUUUGAAAACUCCAGC